GGGAGUUGGAGGCAGAUGUCGGUGUUUUUGUUAUCGCGAAGAUGUCGACCGGUUGGAGAGAAAAUCAUAAUCCAAGAAGCCUGGGAUAACAAACAAACAUGAAGAAGAAAAAGUUCAAGUUUGACGUCAACUUCAAGUUAAACGAAUUAUCUAGUGUUCCCUUCGUGAGCGGGGUUCUCUUUGCCAAAAUGAGAUUACUGGAAGGUGGAAGCUUUACGAGCUAUUCAACGAGGUAUUUGACGUUGAGUACUGUGUGAAACAACACAUGUAAUAAGUUCACUGUUUCUCUAAAUUUAGGCUUUGUUUAAAUCUCUUUCUUUUCUUUAAGGGAGGAAGUCGGUAACCAUUGUGUGAAGUGGGGAAUGUUCGUUAGUUUUCCGUGCAAAAUGACGGCGAGCAUUUCUACUGGGGUUUUAGAUACGUGCAACUACAGAGUGUCAAUUCGAAAGGUAGGACUACUGCAUAAUCAAAUUCGUGACAUUUACAGGGUUACGAUUUUAUGUUUACUUAGUUUUUCUCACGGAUCAAGCUUUCUGUUUUCUCGUUCGUGCCUUUAGCCGCGUGGGGUAGAUUUUCAUGGUUCGUAAAUGAUGUUUAAUUUCGGUAUUGUGCAAUUUCUUUUUCUUCAGUACCGUAGUAGUUUGGUUGUUAUAAGGACCACCUGCGACCUGAUUGAUUUUAUUAUAUUUGAGGAUAAAAAGACGUUAUUGAAAUUUAUCGCCAUUCAUGAGCCAACAAGAGGACAAUUCUUAAGUCUUGUAACACUUUUGCUCAUUUUUUGGUGUCAUUUUCGAAAAAUUUAAUAUCGGCCGAUGGAAAGCUGUUCGUGGAUUGCCCGGCUUCAAAUCGUCAAACCGGGAUCUGAACUUUGCCCGACUUCGCGACCUUAGAUUCCAGAGAACGCGACUGAUAUUUUCCUCCCCUUUCCUGUAAAUUUCAACAUUUUGGCUAUGAUACAGUCCUCUGUUUUGCUGACCAGUAUUUUUCCCACGGAAAUAUAAAUGCUUCGUUUGCUGUUUAAUUGUUCUGGAACAACCUGGUAACUUGAUUAGAAUGCUUCAGUUUAUUGCCCUUUUCUUAUGUAAAUCUAGAGGUUGAUCUGUUUUUGGAUUAAAGGCUUUUUUAGACUUAUUUCAGGGGAUAAUUAACGAAUGCAUUCGUCAUUUCUUAAAUAACAAUUAAAACUAUGCAUGUAUUGGUGAAGUUAAAUUACCAGUGGUCUUUAUAUUGCUAUUUAAUUUUAAGUGGAACGUAGAUGUGGUUUUCGAAAAUUUCAGGACUUCAGGCCAUCAACCUCGUAAUAAAACAUAUCCACCCUAAUUGAUUAGCGUAUUGAAAAAGCCAAGAAAACAUUUUGUUUUGUCAAAUCAGUGGAAACUAAUUAUUUUCUUCAUACAUGGGUGUGUGACAGAACAAGUGGAUUGUAUUGAAAUAUUAAUCAUUAUAAGUUAAAAUUUUUUGUCUGCGCUUUUUUGGAUUAUAAGGUAAACUGUGCUCCAAAUUUCUUUACAGGAAAUGUUCGCUUUUCCGUUUUCUGUCUUAAAGCAUUGUUUGAUGAAUUUCUAUUUUCCUGUUACACCAUAUUUUCAGCACGUCAAAUUUUACCCACUCAAUCGCUUUUGGUCGAAAUUGAGUAUACUUAAUUUGAAGUUUCUGGAUAAGCUUAUUUUUUGAAGAACUGCCAAAGCUAGACAAGAAUAAAUGUUACAUCCACAAAGCAAUCAUUAAUUGUGCAUUAUAAUUUUACUCUUAAAAUCACCUUUGCUUGCAAAGUUAAUUAGAUCCAACCAUGCAGCAGUCACUUUGCAUGCAUCUAGUUAUAAAGCUGUUCCUGUCUUUUUGCAAAUACGUGUAUGCUGUAAGUAAAUCUAGCCAAGGCCUCUAUUUUCUAAUGAAGUGAAGGUUACAUGUAAUUCUUAACUUUAAUGUAAAAUUUAGGCAAAAUGUAGUUAAAAAAGGUACCCUUGUUUUCCCGAUGUAUCAGUACUAGUUAAUUUUUUUUUUCAAUAUUGGUCUUGUAUGAAGGACUGGCUUUGUGUGAGACAUUGGCAGUGAUCAAAGUAUAAACUGUUUUGGAUUAUGACUGAUGAAUGUCAAUAAGAGGGCAUAAUUAGGAGAAAAAUAUAGGUUAUGGUAUAUAGAAGAGAGUUCGUACAUGGUAGUUGCACUGAUGCGUGGCCAGCAACCCAGUGUUUUGUUUCCAAAUCAGUUCUGCUUUUAGAAUUUCUCGUUGUUUCCUAAUCAAUUCUGAUUUUUUUCUGGAAAGAUACUUCUUACAACCUUCACCAACACUUAAGUAAUACAAAUUUUACAUGCAGUAUCGUAAGCAUCACUCGAAAAUAAGAUGCUAAUUAUUUCAGAUGAGAGCAAACAUGCACAAUUAGUUGAAUAACAAAUUGACUAAAAGGCUCACAAUAUUUAUCUCAGUAGGUGAGGAAUGGAUAAACAAUCAAUUUGCUUCUUGGAUGAAAGACAAUUUGAUUUAUGUGGAAAUGUUUUGUAUCAGCAGGCGAACAACUAGAAAUUAUUUUUGGAACCCUUUUCUUCAUGCUCUUUACAUAGCCAAUGUAAUUAUUAACGGUGUCUGAUAUUAUUUUCAAUGCAAGUUCAGUUGUAGCUAUUUCAAAAUACACUCCAGCAAACCUCGCUUAACAGGCACUUCUCUACAUGGACACCUUUUUUUUAUUACAGAUGGUUUUCAUGAUCCCAGAGAUACCAAAGUCCAUUCAGUUUUCACUUUACAGUGAUGUCCAUUUUCUUGACACAAAGCUCUGUCCCUUUGGUGUCCAGAAAAAGUGGUUUUACUGUACUUACUUCCACAUUGAAGCUCCUAAUAGUGCUAACUAUGAUUUUAUUUGUUUAUGUUACUUUGCAUUUUUUCCACUAUCAUUCUUUCAAUUUGAGUUGAAGUGAGAUAGUCAUUCUUAUUUUCAAGUCAGUAGAUAAAAUUCUUUAUUGUUACCAUGGCUUACCAAUCUGACACAUCCUUUUCGCAUUUAUAUAUUUUUGUUGUCAAAAGAAAAUUAUGUCGAUUUUUUUUUUUUGAAUCCUCAUGAACAAUUAAAUAAUGUAUCAUUUCAGUACUAAAUUCUUCAUGAAAUUUCAAGAAAUUAAAAAAUCCAGUUUCCCAAAAAAAUGCCAAUAUGAAAAGGAUAUAUAAGAGUAGUAUAUAUAAUAAUUAUUUAAUACUUUUGUGAACAAUAACAACAAACAAUUUCAUUUUAGCCCUGUUCUAUAGUCUGACAAAUUACUUGUUACCUCAGCAUGCACAAUACAAAUAUUUUCUAUUGCCUAUUUCUGUGUUGCUCACAUAGACAUAAAGUAAUUGUUUCAAAGUUCAGAUCUCUUGCUGUAGGUAGAAUGGCUGUGUUAUCAUUCACUCCUUUUGUGUAUAGCAAAGUGAAUUUUCAAUUUAGGACUGUUAGUAUAAUGCUUUCAAAUUAGAAUUAUCAGACAGUGUGUCUUUAUUUGCAGACAUGUCAGGUUUAAUAAAUGCCAUUUCUGUCUCAGACAGCCGUGUAAUAAGUGUUGUUUUUUCUGUCGCUUGUGUAAAUAUUUUUAUAAGGUAUUAUGGUUUUAGUUAUAUUGGAAUGCUUAAGCUGGCUCAAUUUAUUCCUAUUUUUCAUUGAGGUUUGGAGUUUCUCUUUAUGAAUUUGCAUAAAGUUAAAAGGUUUUGGCUGGAGGAAUGUUAAAAAUUGAUUAUCACGGUCUGUGCAAUUGAUACCUGUAAGUUAUAGUAAUACAAUAUGUUCUCUUGAUUGCAGUGACUUCACAUAUUUACAUAUUCUCUUUGAGUUCCAAAACAUAUCCUUUUAAGUGCCAAGUGCCUCUGUCAGUCCCUCAGGCUGGGGUUGGGUGGGUUAGUGGUCAUUGUCAUAAGACUCCAAAUAAGUAAAACAUGUAUGUAUAUGUAUUUGUGUAUGUAUGUUGUCAAAUUUCCCACUGUUUGUCCAAAUGAAGAUGAAGUGGUUACCAUUUUAGCCCCCUGUUUGAGUCUCACAUCAGCCCCUCAACUACUUGUAGCUUUCUGUACUGCCAAUGCUCUGUUUUGUUGCUUGGAUUCUAUUCCGUGAACCUUGUUAAAUAUAAAAAAGUAUGUUCCACUAAUAAGAGCACAUUUCAAGUUUGACAUGAAUAUUAAUUUACUACAGAGUAAGAGAAAAAUUUUGUAAUCCGCUUGUCCAUUGGACAACCAUCAUAGAGAUUUUGGUUGUCCAAAACGCAGAAGUGCGUGUCCAAAAAGUUUGGUUCAACUCCAUUUAUAAAUGAAGAGAAUAUAAAAGACAUAACACACCACCUUUAGCAUUAUUCCAUUAGUAUCAAAAUGUUAAUUGUGGUAUAAUUUACAAUGCUACAAAUGUUACUUAGCCCAGGGUCCUGAGUCAUAAGAUACGAAGCUCACAGAAACAAAUGGAAUGGCCACAGAAUGAAGAAAUUUACAGGAGUGUUUACACUCAUUUUGUCAAGAUGGAAGUUUGCUUUUAUAUCAUUGACUAGGAGAUAAAUUUCAAUUCUAUUGAAAUUUGUGUUUCUGUGGUUGUAAUUCAGCAAUCAGAAAUGUGCUUGUCCCACAGAUAAGUCAUGUCAAAGAUUUACUUGUCCGAACUAUAUUUCUACUUGUCGUGGACAAUCGGACAUAGGUUUUGGCGCACCCUGUAUUAAAUCAACAACAAGAACACCAUAUUGCACAUGUACUUGCUUGACUGUGUGCAGUGGCUAAAUUUAUUUUGUUCCUCUACGAUGUUUUUGUCCCCUCCUCUUUUCUCACUUCUUACUUUAAUUGUUGCAAGAAAUGUGAUAAAUAGGUUGUGAGAAAGAGAGCUCUUACUCAGUUCUUUGUAUGUAAUAGCAUUUGCAUUAAACGUAGUGGAAAAGGAGUGCAUCAUUUAAGGUCACAUCAUAUUUUUACUUUACUACAAAGAUACAAGUAUCAAUACUUGGAGUUCAUAAAAACACCGUGUACCUGAAUUUCACAAGUGCUGUAUUGCAUUAAAAGCACUAUAUUGAAUGAAUACAUUGUAGUUGUGCUUUUGCUAUUAAAACCCUCGGGGCUGUGUCUGUGAGGAAUCUUUUUGAUUUUUUUUAUUCAGUGCAAGUAGAAAUACUGGGUUUAUCAAUAAGUGGUAACCCAUAAUGAUGUUUCUCACAGAUAGAAUGUCAAUAUCUACCUGUGGUGUUACUUUGCAAAGUAAUUUUGGUAAACUCACGGUAAAUAUUUGCUCCAGAUACAUUCUUAACAAAACCAAACUCAAGAUGUUAAGGGAUAAUUCAAGCAAGCUUGUCAACCGCAGAAUAAGUGGGACUCUGAUUUUGACAGUCUUCGAAUACAUUGUUGUUAACUUAAUUUUUUUCCUGUGAAGGCAUUUUCUUUGGUGGCAUAAAGGGGUGUAUUUGUUAUGGCAAAGGUUGUAUCGUGGUAAUAACCGUGUAAUGUUUGUCUCUGACUUGUUUGAUACUGUAAACUUAACAUUUGGUGCUUGUCUGGUCUUUUUGCAGGAAACCAAAGGUGGGAAGGCACACAUCAAGGUAAAAAACAGUUCUUAUAGUCACCUUUACAGACAUAAACAACUAAACCAUGAAGGAGUGAUAUAUUUGUUGCUGAUGAGAGGUGCUGGGCUUUAAGCCGUACAUACCAAACAAAUUUGCUAGCAAAACCAGAGUAAUAAUAAUUAUUUUAAUAUUAGUCUCAGACAGACAUUUACUGUGUGGUUUACACAUCACCAAGUAUUAUUUGGAGUAGGUUCAAAGCACAAGAAAACUGUGUGGCUGCUUAGUAGCACUAAUGCAUUUUUAACACAGAUCACAAGGCUGUAAUCUAGUAGCACGCAGUGGCCUCUGGCACCUAACGUUUCCCCCGGGGUGACUAGAAAAUUUUAAUCAUAAGCUGGGCACCCUGGAUUUCACAAGCUCAAAGCACUGGACUCCCUUCAAUUUUGAUUGAAGCACGGCCCUGGAUCACUGGAUCAUAAUGAGUCAGUGCAAAGUCUCUUCUUGUACCUACAGUCUAAAAUAUACACAGCAGAAAAUGAGAGCUCUGUUAUAUACAUGAUGACUGUGUUUGUAUUGCAGUAAUUUUGUUUAAAAUAGUUAUGAUGAGUCCUGGGACUCAGUCCCAGUCCAGAACCAUUGAGUCCCAUUUCAAAAAGCAAUGAGUCCGUGGGUCUUUUGUAACCACACAGUUAAUCUGAAGACAGACUCCAAAACUCUUUAUUACAGUUUAAUGAAAUAAAAAUAUACUCCUUCUAUUGUAAAGCACAACAAAGACUAAAAGAAAUAAUGGUCGUUUAACAACAGCCACAAGAACAGCCACAGAAAUCACACCAACAGGAUACUCUAUAAAAAAAAACAUCUUCAGAUCGAUCAAUAAAUUGAUCUUUGCAUCCCACAAGACCCAUGCCACGAAUUAUUUGCAUCUUUGGGAUUUUUAUGUGUCAGGGAGGUAGGACACAGAGGUAACAAAAUCACUGGUAAUGUGCAUUUUUUUUUGUCUUCCCUGUAGCUGGGCUUUGUAGAUGUCAAUUUAGCAGAGUUUGCUGGAUCAGCCACAACCAUGAAGAGAUACAUUUUAGAAGGAUAUGGAGAUAAGACUCAGCUGCGACAAGACAACUCCAUUCUAGAGGUAAAGCAUUUCUUUUUCUAAUUCCUCCUCCUUGUAAUGUUACAAUGAUGAAGAUUACAAAGAUUUUACCAGAAAAUAGCAAGAAAGCCCAAAGAAGCCACAAGGCGUAUGCAACAUAGGUUUUCUCAACUCAAUUACAAAAAAAAAAAACAAAUAUUUUUUUGAACAGCAAGGCAAACUCAUUAUAUAUUUUUUUUUAUAGUAAGUGUGAUCUCUAAUAACUAGCCAAUAUGUGAUGUAAGGAAAUCUCCAUACUUUUUUUUCUUGCGACCUUCCCAUGCCCCCCCCCCCCCCCCACCCCCUUGGGAAAUUUGAAUUAAUUAUAUUUAAGAGGGUCCAAAGUAUUGAGAUUUUCUUGAGCUAAAAAAUAUUUUUUUGAUGAUGAUGAUGAUGAUAAUAUUUUUUUUCCUUCUUUUUUUUAAACUGUAGGUUGAAGUCAGUAUGCAACUCAUAUCUGGAGAUCCACUGUUCAAAGUGUGAGUGUGUUUUGGGGGAUGAUGAAUCAUUGACUACUUUAUGUUGGAAUUAACCAGAAGGCCAGCUAUCUGGACUUGCUGAUUAGCUUAUCAUAAAUAGAAGGAUGCAGGAUUGUCAAAAGUAGCUGGCUGCCAGCAAAAAUUGCCGCCUUCUUGCUUAGUAUGGGCCGGCUACUCUUCUUAGCAUUUCUUUACGGAUGGCGUUUUUUAAAUAAAAUAUCCCUGGACUGGCCACUUUCUUUUACAACUCAGCCAUCUACUUCAAAACGUUCUGACAACCCUUAGGAUGUUGCAGUUCUGGUUGACGUAAUGAUUAAUGGCACAUAAUAAUUUACACAGUAAUAAAAAUUGGUGUUGUUUUCUUACUAUGUUUUUUAUAUAUACUGCUUUGUAACAACCCUUGUGCAACAAAUAGUUCAGCACAGCAAAGCGGCAAUAAUACAGGUAGUAAGCUGUUUAAACACUGCAAUUAAUAACAAAGUGACUGUCAUGAAGCAAAUGAUAACAUUUUACAUACAAGUAUCCCACAAUGAAUAACAUAUUUCAUAACAAGAGGGUAUGUUUCACAUACAAUCAAUAAUACAUGUAGCUAAUUGUUUUAAAAUAGGUUUGUGAAAAUUCAAUAGCCUACUGAGGUAAUUCUCAAGUUCGAUUGUGUGACAAUUCAAGUCUUCAUUAUUACUAUUUUGCUGUUUCAACAGACCUCAUGCACCCUCCCACAACCAAGUAACCACAGAAACAGCUGAAAACAGGGCACCAGCUUCUGAUCACGACUCAGUGAGUACUGCCAGUUCAGGGGGUGAGACAGGAAGGAGCCUUACUAAAAGCACCUCAGACAGUGCAUCAGAAUGUCAGGAGACUGCUGGCGGUGAUCCUGAGAAUGCUUCCUUUGUCCCUGGACAUUCACGAAGCUUCAGUGAACCAUUUUAUAGCAACAGCAACCACAACCGGAGCAUUAGUCAACUUUCACGGAUAUCCGGGUACUCAACGGGUCAUUCUAUUUCCUCAAGUUUGGAACGCAGAUUAAGUAGGAGGUAUUGUUAAUGACGGUGUUGCAUACUGUUCGACUUUGCACCAUUAUUUUUGUCUUGUCAUGUUUUGUUGCUCUUAGCAAUUUAUGGUAUUUUUUUUUUCUUGGUGAAAAAUUUUUUGUCUUAAGAGUUUGUCAUGUUUUGUUGCUCUCAAAAUACCAUAGCUUUUCUUUUUCUUCUUAGUUAAAAAUCUUAAAGAGUUUUUUUCAGUUGCUUACAUUAAUUUGUAAUUUGCUUUGAUUAAUUUUGAAUUUUUAUUUAUUUAUUUUUUACCUUGAAUACCUUAGUUUUUAUUUUAUUUUUCUUUUCACAUCUUUACAUGGGCAUGUAUGCUUCACCUGGAAUUGUGCAGGUGUUACUGUGAAAAUUAAUUUCCAUGGCAACUGCUGUACCUUUCAGACUGACCUUGGCAGCUUGUAUUAUAAUGAAUUGAAAUAUAUGCAAUGAAUCAUAUUUAGAACUGUGAACAUGAUCUUCACAGUAGAACUGAAAGAACAACCCAAGCAGUAUCAUUUUUUUUCAGUUUUUUUUCUUUUUUUUUUUGGUAACUUGUCUCUUACCUUUUUAGCAGAAUAGCCUAUAUGCCUGUUUACAUCGGCUAGGUUUACGUAAGACCAACUGAUGUCACCACCAGUUCCCGUUUUCAAGCAAAGUUCUUUGCAUUUUCUUGGUUUUCCCUAUUGCAGCUUGUAUUUUUCCAAAGUUAGUCCUAGAAUAAGGACUCAUGUGAUAUAAACAUAGAUUAGGGCUGUUUCAAUUUAUUAAAUGGACUUUGUUUAGACAGGCUGAAGUGUUUUCAUCACACCACACACUUUUGAGGCUUGACAAAGCUGUGGAUACUGGAUCUAACCAUCGGGGGGAAAGGGGGGGGGGGGUGGGUAGAAACAGGUGACUUUGAAGAUGUAAAAUUGGGAAGUCGAUGUUGACAAGGUUUUUUUGUUUAUUUUAUGUUUCCAAGCUGUGGAUACUGGAUCUAACCAUUGAGGGGAAAGUGUGUGGGGGGGGGGGGUAGAAACAGGUGACUUUGAAGAUGUAAAAUUGGGAAGUCGAUGUUGACAAGUUUUUUUGGUUUAUUUUAUGUUUCCAACUAGAAAACAAAGUUCUGGAUCAGGACAAGCUGGCUGUAUCCUUUUUUAAGUUUUAUGCAGACACCAUUUAGGAUGUUCAGCUGUUUACACCAUUUAUAAGGUGCAAACCUUUGUUUUCAGGUUACAAUUCGUGUAUGUUUUUAUUACUCAAAUGCCCAGUGUCUAGUGUCAAAAUUAUUGAAGCAAACUAGAGUGCUCCUGCCUGUUUUGACCAGCUUGAACUAAUUACAGGCAACAAGUGUUGCCACCUUUGAUUUUUAAAAGUGUGAAUCAAGCUGUUGUUGUUGUUGUUGUUUACAUAUGCUUAGGUUCUCUAUCUUCCUUAACAGUACCAACAGCUAAUGAUACAGCAUUUUGUGGUUCAGAGCAUACAUUACCGUCUGCACCUGAAAAACAAGGCAAAAGAAUCAGUUGGAAGGUGAGUGCAUGAGUGUUUUCAACUGAAUGUUGAAGAAUAUGCCACAGUCCAUACAUUAAGGUGAACAAUCAGGAACAUGUUUUCAGCUUUUUCAUAAAAGUGAAUUCUAGAAAUUUUAGCCUCUGUUGUUUUCUUAUUUCUUUCUUUUAGUGGAGGGUGAUAAUCAUCAUUCGAUACACACACAUACCUCUCCUUGUGGAAACCCUUCUGUCGUAGCAUAAUUAACAAAAUUGAAAUACAUUGUUUAUCCCCUCAGAUUUCUUUAUUGUGUGUUUUUGUUUUGCAUUUUUGCAUUUGAAGGUGCACAACAGUGAAUUGUAUUCCCAUCUGUAAUGAAAUGUCCAGUAAAUUAACUUAUUCAGUCACUGUGUCAACCAUGCCCUUUAAGGGAGCUCUCAACAGAAAUUACAGCACCAUUGUUGAUGCCAGUCUUUCAAUUUUGCCAGCUUCCAUAACCAGUCUCCUCUACUACGACUGUAAAACGUUCUCCUUGUCUCAGAUAGCCUGUUCCAGUGAUAGAGAUAGAGAGUGGCGCUCUUGAUCCCUGCUACCCCCACCCCUUAUUGUUUUUUGUUUUGUUUUGUUUUGUUUUUCCGGCUCACUACUCUUUGCGCUGUCCUCACUUUCUGAAUACCUGAAAUAAACUUCAUACACUCCUUAUUAGCCGCCCUGUGUUGUGUGGCAAGGACUGCUCUGAAUUGCAGAUGCGCCGCUUUGUUCCUUUGUUGCCCGAAUUAAAGACGUUUCACUGUCGCAAUGUAUUGUUUAUUUGACAGAAACCUGAUGACAUGCGAUCAAGCCAUAGCAGAGUUAAUGCAGAUGAUGUAAUUGAACAAAUUUUUAGUGGGUAAGUUCUUUUUACCAUAGUCACCUUCUGUGAACAAACACUCCCCAUAGGCAAGGUUCUUAAAUCAUGACACAGGUCCAGCCUCCUGUUUGAUUGAUUUUAUCUCUCUAUAGCAAUUUGUAUGGGAAUUUUUGAUAAGUGCAGAUAAGAAUAUUCUGUAGACGCUGCGCUUAACUUUUUACCUUGUUUCUUCCAGCCACAAUUUAUCAGGGGAUGAAAAUCCUUCAGGUAAGAUAAAUUUUGUUUAUCUUAGCCUGGUUUAUGACAAUAUCCCUGUCGCUUGGGUCACAGCCAGGUCUUUGGAACACUUAGAAACGGCAUUAAUUUUGUAGAUUUGUGACUGAGGGUGUAACAAGUAACUGUUGCACACUGUAGUAAACCAAUACCCUCAUCAUUAGCCUAAACUGAUGCGCAGAGAACUUAGUUUUAUUUAUCAGAGGGUUGCAGAAUGGGUAUCAGGUUGUUGCGCCCGAAGGUUGAUUCACCAAACGUCACUUCGCUCGGGCUUAAGCCGAUUCGCCCGAUGCGUUUUUGACGUUCUUUGGCCUAAACAAACUCAAGCUUAAUUAAAACAGCAUUUCUAAUAAGUAUGUUCACCAUGUUGUGGGGUAUUCUAUGUCUUUAGGCAAAUCGACUUAAGUCCGAGGGAAACGCCAUCGGGCAAAUCAACUUUUGAACGAAACGACCGCAAUUUACGGAAUGACAGGUGAAGGAACUUGUAGAAAAUGAAAAAUGAUGUUCCUCAUUUUGUUUUUGUUUUUGCCUGUUUGUCAACAGGGGAUGAACUUCAAAAUAACCAAUUAUCCAUGUUCUUGACAAAAGACGGAAUGUUGAAUCUGCCGGGUGGAUAUAGCAGGUUAGUACUAGUAGUACCUCAUUAAAGGGAACCUCCACUCUUACUACAGAAUAAGUUUAAAUCGAAUAAAAUUAUGUUGAUAAACAAAUUUGUUCGAAAUUUGUCUUAAAAAAAGUGUUUAUAUCAGGAAAAGUGAAUUUUAAAAUCGCUUAUUUUCACUUUCAAAUUUCGCGGGCGCCGCCAUCUUGAAUAAUUGUGACGUGUUACGGUUGCUCUAUUGUUCUGACACAAAGAGCUUUUGUUUAAUAACACUAGGGCAACCAUUACACGUCACAAUUAUUCAAGAUGGGGACGCCCGCAAAAUUUGAAAACAAAAAUAGGCGAAUCUAAAAGUUAUUUCUUUCGGAUACCAGCGCUUUCUUUAAAAAUAUUGUAGAUUGACUUGACUGUAACAGUUAUUUCCUGUGAUUUAAAGUUAUCUUUUUGUGGAAGUGGAGGUUCCCUUUAAACACAUUCAAAGGCUGUAUACUCAAUAGACCAACCAUAUUAAUCCUAAUCCAUUGUCUACACUAUGGGACAUAGAGUUGGCUUCAUAAAAUGUUCAAAGCUUUUUAGAACAGAUGUUCGUGCCCGAAAAAAAAAAUUUCAUGGCGUUGAUUUUAUGAUUUGUAAUCUGUGGCUGUUUUCAAUAGUGCUGUUCCCUCAGCUGAUUUCCGAAUGCAGAUCCUUUGUGCUGCGAAUUUGAUCAAAUGCACAUGUAAUUUGCACAAUGUCAGUAAUAAAUUAACUUAUGUAUUUAUUCUUCGGUUCGCUGCUCUAGGUGCCGACAUGUGCCUACACCUUAAUCCCCUAAAUAUAUUUUGGGGAUGUACCAAAUGUACCCUUUAUGUCCUCUGUGAAACCUUCUUGUCAGUGUUAAAAUGUGGGGCAUAAUAUAUAAAUAUCGUGAGGAAGUUGUGAAGUGACAGUUGCAAAACCAAGACCAUUACCUACAAUCAGGUGUUAGUGAUGUAGGAAAGCAUGAGCGCAUUCUAGCAAUACCAUAUAGUCUUUCACACAUCAGAGAUAAUAGAGAAAGAUUGGGUAAGGUGACGGAAAAUGUUUUGCGGUCGUUCUAGAGAGCGUCCUAGUGGUUUGCCCUUUCUUGUUGAGAUACAGUCAACUCUCUCUAAGACGGACGCCUUUGGGACCGGCACUAAGUGUCCGUCUUAGAGAGGUGUUCGUCUUGUAGAGAGUCAAAUGAAAGGAGUAAAGAAAGGCAGGGACCAACUCUAGGUGUCCGUUAAGAGAGAGUCGACUGUAGUUUGUUUUUUAUUUUUUUAUUUUUCCAAAAUCUUUCCCCACAAACCUUUGUAAUCACUCACCUUAAAGUCGUGCUGUCAUAAGGCUGGAAAUUUUUUCCCAACAACGUGCACUCUCAUAGGUUACUUGGAGGUCACAUGAUAUCUAAAAAUGAAACUGUUUCCCGCCAAAAUCUCUUAUGUGAUCUAUGACGUCAGAGGUCAACACUGUUACCCGCGAAUGUCGACCGCCGUAACAGCGAGGUUUAAUGAAUUUCCAGCCUCAAAAUUUCCAACUAUAUCAAAUCUCUAUUCUCGGGAAACAAAAUUAACUUUCUCCCUAGGGACCAGUCAUUAAGUGUUAAUUGUUAGUUUAAGUGUUGGCACAUUUCCUAAUCUGAAAAUUAUUAAAUGAAAGUUCUUUUUGAAUCUCACAGGCCCAUACCCGAAGACAAGUACAAGACACUGUAGGAAUGAAAUGCAACCGGUCCACAAACCAGGAAGGUCAUGCAAACAUUUUUUUCGUUUCCUCGUCCACGAAGGGAUUAUAUCCGGUCCGUAAAUACAAGUUUUCCUGACGUAAUCGUUAGAAUUUAAUAUAUAAAUACAUGAUUUUUAUAGCGUAAAUGAAGCGUGAUUUGCAAAGUUUUUUCUAGUAUGCAUGCAGCUUGUAUAGCUUUCCAUCAGAGUAUAGUGAAUUUAUAGUUACGAUUUUCUCAUCAAUGGCAAAAUAAGAGUUACUUAAAUUAUAUGUUGUUAAUUUUGCUUUACAUCUUCAUUAUAUAAUCUUUCCAAAUUUUAUUGAAUAGCAGAAUUGGUUUUAAGUUAGCCACAUUUUAAGUUGAAAAUGGCAGAAAAUGAAAUGCCUGUCAGAUAAUUUUGGGCUAUUGGUAAGAACCGAAAAUACUUUUAUUUACCAAACUUUGCAUAUAACUGUUGGUCCGUGGGUGACAGGGUCGUAGUGUGCGGUGGUCCUCUUAAUGAUUGGUUUUCGACGUUGAAAUUUGCAAUUUGAAACCGAAGAGACCACCUGUUAACUGUGGAAAAUAAGUGAAAUGUUGUUAAUGAAAUGAAACGAGAAAACCAGAAUUUAACAAGCAGGAUACUUGAUAACAGUCAUCUUCAGUUCCCUGGUGGAACUGAUGGACUGGUCUUGUUCUCUCGUGUAGUUUUGUUGUGAUAUUCUAGACAAAUCUAUUUAUAAGGAAAUGGCAAACGUUUUUGCUGUUAGCUUAUGAAAAUGCUUGCAUAUCUGCUUUAAAUCAAAUGAAGAGAUGAUUUUUAUUUCAAUUAUUAUUUUAUAGAAAGUUAUUUGCCUUAGUUUGAAGAUUUGUUAGUUAGCGUUUCACAGGGAAUUUACAGACCUAUGACUGUUAUAUUUCGAGUGGCUAUUUUGGGUAAUUUAUUAAUUUAAUUAAGAGUUAUUUUUCAACUCACUCAAGCCAGAGAUUUCUUGAAAAUUCAUUGAUAUUCUACCCAAUAGAGUUGAGUGAGAAAGAGCUUGAUUUAAAGAUAAGAGUGCUAAAUGACUAAAGAACAUAUAAACGCGUCCUGCAGAAACAAGUUCUUCAAAGAUUUGAUAAUUUUGUGUGGGAUUAGAGAUUAUUUAUUAUUCUUGUCAGUGUUAAAAUGUAAGUCGUUGAUAUAUGAGUAUCGUGAAGAGUUUUUUUAAGUGACAGUUGCAAAGCCAAAACCAUGUGCUAAAAUCAGGUGUUUAGUGAUUUAGCUGAUGUAGGAAGGCGUGACCGUAGGCUAGCAAUUCGAUAUAGUCGUUCACACAUCACAGAUAACAGAUCGUUGGAAAUGCGUCAGUGUGGGCGUGGUCUUAUAGUAGUAAUAAAGUGUGCAUAAUAUAUUACCAUUCAACUGAUUCGCGGCUUAUGAAGUUCGGGUUAUAAAGCGGGUUUGUGCACCGUCAAAUUUUCAUGAAGUUUCUCAAAAAACAUGAACUUGGCUCAUAGUUAAUUUAGCUUUAAAAUCUCUCUAGAAUAAGUCAUGAUUACUUUGACCCAAACCGAAAACUUUAAAAGACUGGUUGGCGAAUAGUUAGAUGCCAGCCAACGCUCACUCGUCAUUGGAAGCCGCUGCAAUAAUAUCUUAUGUUAGAAACACUUUUCUUACGUUCUGUCAUCUCUAUCUGUGCAUUUUUGCUCGAUUCAUAAAUAGCUUUUGUUAUCAUUUUGGAGAUUUAUGACGGGAUGCGAACGGGUGGGUUUUAGUUAAAGAGGUAAAGAGGGUAUCUUUAAUUUGCACUGCA